AAGCGCUGAAUUUGAGGCUGUGAAGUUUCUUGUCAUUUUCCCCAUUACGUAAAAGAAAAUAUUUUGGUUUUUCACCAGCAAAAUGUCGCUGGAGGAUGCAAUUAAGCCACCAAAGUCUUUCAAUGACCGCUUCUAUGAGUAUCCAGAUGGCAAGGAUGCAGCCGGGAAGAUGAUGGUGGCAAAUGCUUAUGCUCUUAUUGGUGGUUUGGUCAUCUCAACGUACGACGUUGUGAUGAUCUCCAAGCCAGUUGGAUUUGGGAAUAUCCUGGCCAAGUACAUGUACAACACAGGGCCACUUAUGGGAAUGGCAUCUGCUUUCACGAUGGGCACUUAUGCGGCUACAAAUCUCCGCGGGAAGGAUGAUACCAUCAACUAUGCCAUCGGAGGCGCCCUGGCUGGAGGAGUCUAUGGAGCAUGGAGAAAGAGUCCAGUGAGUGGAAGUUGCGCAGCUAUUGUCCUAGCCUUUGCUGGAGUCGUGAAGAAACUGUCCCUGCAGGAAGGAUGGCGUUUUAUUCCCGAACCAAAGAACCAUGCAUACCAGAGCCUCUUCCUCGGCAGGCACGAUAGGACCUUCUUCAAAGACACAGAAAAGGGCUGGACCACGGGAAAGGAGUAGGCAAUAAAAAAAAUCUAGUAAGUGGAACAUCUCUUGCAAGAAAAUUCUCCCCCUUCAAAUAGCGAAGUUGUAAAUUAAAUGAAAAAUUAUUCUAAAAGA